AUGGCAUCUGCCCUCAACAGCAAAAUGCACCCGCCAGGAACCUGCGCGAGCUCUACAGCCGACGCCCGCGGUGGCUCAGGCUGGAGAAUGGACUGUGAUCCCGAGAUGCACGUGAAAAUGUGCAAGAAAAUCGCUCAGCUCACCAAGGUGAUUUAUGCUCUCAAUACCCGCCAGGAUGAGGUAGAGGCCAGCGCCCAGUCACUACGGGAAGCCCACCAGGAGGAUCUCCAAGACACAGCGGCUGAAACCAGGACCCGGCUCCUGCAGGAACAGGGCCGCACCAGUGAAGAUGCAGAGGUCCUUCUGCAGCGCAUCCAGACCCUAGAAAAUGCCCUGGAGCUGCAGAAGAGGCUGACACAGGAGGCCCUGGCUGAGUCAGCCUCCUGUAAACAGGAGACCAAAGAGAGGGCGCUGCGGGUAGAGGCCGAGCAUGCAGAACAGGUUCUGAUACUUUCCAAGGAGAUGCUGGAGCUCAAAGCUGAUUAUGAGAAGAGGCUCCAGCUGCUGACUAGCCACGAGGGUCCUCAGUGGGGUCAGCUAUCCCAGGAGAGCCCGGAUGCCACAGCAGAGUCUGGCCAGCGACCGGAAAUGCACCAGGUCCUGCUGGAGGUGGAGCGAUUGCGAGCUGAGAAUAAGCAGCUGAGCCAGGAUUAUGCCCGCAAGGCGGAGGAGCUACAGGCCACCUAUGAGAGAGAAAACGAAGCCAUCCGUCAGGCCAUGCAGCAGUCAGUCAGUGAGGCCCUGUGGCAGUGGCAGGAGAAAGAGUCGGGUCUUCGAAAGAACUUCCAGGUCCAGGAGCUGGCCCUGCAAGCUCAGGUCAGGAAGCUGGAGGGGGACCUGGAGCAUAGAGGGCGCAAGAUAAGUGACCUGAAGAAGUAUGCGCAGAAGUUGAAAGAAAGGAUCCAGGAUCUCGACGUGCAGCUAAGGGAGGCUCGGCAGGAGAACUCGGAGUUGAAGAACACAGCAAGGAAACUUGGCGAGAAGUUGACAAUUGCCAAAGACAGACUGAUGCUGCAGGAGUGUCACGUGACACAGAAAACUGAUGACAUGAAGACUGAGGAUGGAGUCGUGGGGAACAGAGAUGACCUGGAAGCCUGCAGUCUCCUUCCUCAGCCCCAACAAGGCUUUCCCAAAUUGUGUCACUGCAGGAAUGGAGGCUCUGAAACACAGACCAAGAAAGAGGCAAGUGGUGAAAUGGAACACGUGAAGCAGCAAUAUGAAGAAGACCUUCGGAAAGUCAGACAUCAGACUGAAGAGGAGAAGCAGCAGCUCCGAGAGCAGCUGGGGAAGCGCCUGGAUGACUUGGUGAAGAAGCACAGUAUGGAAAUGAAGUCUGUGCGCUCCACUGUGGAGGCAGAAAGAAAGAAGCUGAGAGAAGUCGAGGCUCAAUUGGAAGAAGUGAAAACAAAAUCAGAAAGGGAAAUCAAGCAGCUGGAAGAGGAGAACACGGCCCUCAGUGCGAAGCUUCAGAAUUCCCUACUUGAGGACCCAUGCUCAAGACCAAAGAACCCUCCUCAGACACUGCCCCGAGAAGAGGGCCUAGAGAAGCUGACAGGUGAAGAAGAAACCAGCAGCGACGAGGAAGAAAGGAUUGGAGAAACAAUCAAGGAAGGAAGUGACCUACAACCACCAUUGGAGUCUGUGAUGAAGGAGAAGACAAUGGAGAUUGGACAUUCACCAGAGGACUGGCAAAGUCAAAGGACCAAACCACAAACACAGGCUGCAGAAUGUUUGAACAAGGAAUCUACCGACAGCCUCCAGGCGCACCUGCUGGAGCUCCAGGCCCUAGAGGACAAUGCCAGACAAGAUCUGCAGGAGGACUGUGAGCAGAGGCCAGCCCAGAAGCCUGGGCGGCUGGAGUCCUUGAAGCAGGAGCUAACAGAGCAGCGAGUUGCCUGCUGUGAGCAUCAGAAGGCCAUGGAGAUGCUACAGGAUGAGCUCAAGGCCAUGGGCCUCUUGGGGAAAUGGCAGGUCAUCAAUCAGUGUUCAGGGGACAGCAGAGACCACACCUUUAUUACAGAGAAUGCAGGUGUUACAGGCCCUCCUGGUUCCCUGCCCUGUGCUGCAGACAAAGGUCUCCUAGAGGAGAAUGCUCAGCUCCAAGACACUGUACUGCGCCUGCGUGCAGAGGUGGGCCAGCACCAGCAGGAGGCGCUGCAGCUGCGUGAGCAACAUCGGUUGCUGGAGGAGGACCAGAAAGCCCAAAGAGCCAUGGAGGUGGAGGCGCUCCGCCAGGAGCAUCGGAAGGAGAUGCAGGCCAUGGUGGCUGAUUUCAGUGGUGCCCAGGCCCGACUCCAGGCCCGGCUGGCUGCUCUGGAAACCGAGCUAAAAGAGUCCGGAGAGAAGGCAGGAAAAGGAACUUCCCGGCCUGAGGAUCUGCAGCUCAUAGGCCGCCUGCAGACACGCCUGAAGGAGAGAGAGGACAUCAUCCGGCAGCUCACGGAAGAGAGAAGAUUCCACUACGCAGCCUUCCCCAGUGCAGUGUCCCAUCGGAAUCGGUCCUUCUCUUUCAAUCCUCACCCAGGAUACUUGACACCGUCCAUGAAGAAAAAGAAGAUGGAGGAGGUGCCCAGCCGAGUGGUCAGCGUACCAAACCUUGCUUCCUAUGCAAAGAACUUCCUGAGCGGAGACCUGAGCUCCAGGAUCAAUGCCCCUCCCAUAACUAAGUCACCCAGCCUGGACCCAAGCCCCAGCUGUGGCCAGCCUUACAAACCUACCCAGUUACUAGAUGGGAAAACUGCCACAAGGGCCCAAGAUGGAGAACCAGCCCAACCCAAAGAAGCCCCACAGAAGCAAGGCUCUCCGCAUCAGGAAUGGUUUACCAAGUACUUUUCAUUCUAAACUGACCUUUAGAAUCUGUUCUAAGGAGGACAUUAGAAAAUCAUUUCAACCAUCUGAAGGAAUUAAAAGCACCCAACCAGGUAACUAGUUGGUAAUGAUUUACAUGUGAUGGAUAGCUAAAACAAAGUGUGACACUACCAUUUCAGCUUCAUUAGGACACCUGCUUAUAUAAGAAUGCUUAUAGUUAAAGAUGAAACAAGCCAGUUAUUAAAAAGCACCCCUAGAAAAAUGGUAUUAAUCUCUGAUGACCAAAUUACCCAUCGUAUUCUAGUGCCUGUAAUGUCAUACUCCAC